AUAGAAGAAGUUAUCACGCUGCAGUAUGCGGCUUUCAACCGUGUUCGAACUGCUAGUUAUCGCAUUGCUGAUAGCUUUUGCAGCUUCAAGAGUAAUAGAUGGCCCAGACUCGUCCAAGACUCUAGCAGGAUCUCACAGAUUCACUCUCCGGAAGGACCGUCAGCGCCAGGCACCUCCGACCAUCGUCGACCCUCCCCCCAGGCACUGUACAUGCUCCUCUCUCUCAUGUAACUGCUGUCGGGACUUCGCCCUGCCAGUCGUUCCCAUCAAAGGGCCUGGUUGCGCCACAGUUACCUACCUGAGAGAUGACGCCAUGUUGAUCACCAUGAGUUUCGGCGAUCGAGUCCUGAGGAACAUCACUGUCAACAGUAGAAAACCGAAACCGAUCUGUAUGGGAAUGCCCGGAGGAAUAUCGAAGUUCUGUGGGAAACUCUACAGCAUCAAGAGGGAUGGUGAGAACUUCAAAGCUUGUCUCGCUUUAGAACUUCGCGCUCUAGACGACGUGGAGGCUGCCUUGAGAGUAUCCUGCUUCAGGUUCGGUCCAGGAGGAGUGUCUGUAGAACCCGGCGAGGCACUUCCAGCAGAGAAGAACAAAGAAGACGAGGACGAAGAAGACGAUGAUGAUUAUGGGCUAGGAGAACUUGACGAUGAUGAUGACGAUGACGACGAGUUCGGUCUGACAGGAGGAGAAGAAGAUGAUGACGAUGACGAAACCCCUCCUGCUAAAGACACUACUUACAACGACGUCGACUCUUCAGACUCGGACGCUGACGAUGACUACACCGGGCUGGGCUCACUGAGUGAAGAACUCUUCGGGGGAUUCUUCGGAGGUGGUAAGCCAGGGGCUAGCGAUGACGAUGAUGACGACGAUGAUGAUGACGAUGACGAAUACUCAGAGCCACAGAAAACACCUCAGCCUCAAAGUCCACCUCAGAACCAACAACCUGCCUCGCAAGUGAACUUGGUCGUUAUGCAACCAGUGAUUGUGAAGCCUGCUGUUUCUACGCAGAAGAAGCCGGCGAAAAAGCCAACCAAAGUGGAAACAGCUUCUCCAACAACUGUGAAUAAAAGGGUAAGACCAACUCCCGCUCCAGUGAAAACUACUAAUGCACCUGUUAAGACUUUGGGAACUUCCACAACACCCGUUUUAUCUCAAGCUGAAAGUACUACAUCAAAAUCUCCAUCGAAGAAGAAAAAGAAGCCAGUCAGAACUCGAAGACCAGCGUCACCUAAACCGAGCUCAACAGUGGCAACAGAAGCAACCCAAGCCACCCCGACCGUCAUCACAGCGACUACAAUGACAGUGAACGUCGUGCAGGGCAACAUCAAUCUCAAUGAAACAAAGCCUCCGAAAAUUCAAAAGCCUUUGAAGGAUUCAUCAUCAAAAAUACCAAUGAGUAAACCGAUCAUAGCCUCUAAACCUAUGGAAAACGAAGAGGGAACAUCGUCUGACAGUAGUAAAAACUCAUACGUAAAUGAAGAAAUCACGUUAAAUGGUGGAACAGAAAAGGUAGAGACGGAAAUAAACGAAGUGACGACACAAACAAUAAUGCAGAAUACUAUUCCAGUUGAUGAAACAAUGGACGAUAGUUUACACCAGGCGAACUCACAAAGAAUAUCUAAUAGGAAACCUCUUGUUCCUCAGAAAGACGGAGAUUCAGACAGUAUGAGUACAACUAUCAGCAUUGCAAACACCGCUGAAGAAACAACCGAUCACGAAAUGAGUCUUGCAAAUGAAGAGAUGGAAGAUUCCGACGAAGAUACAGAUGAAGCUGAAGAUGGAACAACUGAAAAGUAUGCUGAACAAAUUGAAAUGGAAGAUGAGCCAGCUGUUUCUAGCUAUUCUGUAGAACCACAAAGUUCGACCAUUGCAACUGAACUUUACCUGGAAGAAGGCACAGAUAAAACAGAGACCAUAAAAGAUACCAAGAAACAAAAGGAGAAAGAAAACAGCGAUGAAGACAGCGAAAACGAAGAUGAUGACGAUGAAGACAUAGAUAUUGGAGCUGAUUUAGGAUUGGGAGAUGACGACGACGAUGAAGAUGAAAGUAAAGAAACGACAGUGACUAUCAAAAACCCGAAAGAAAGAGAAGAAUAUGACGAAACUGAUGUUGUAGAUGCUUUUCUUGACGAAGACGAUGACGAGAAAGACGAAAAAGAAGAAGAAAGAAAACUCAGUCAUGAAGCUCCUUAUAAAAUAAACCCACUUCUUUACCGGCUUGCAAGGAUAUCAUCAGGGUCAAUAGCAACUGCCAGGCAUCUACCGAGGUUUUCUGAAGGAAGAAAUAGAAGGAAUAACAAGAGGAUGAGGUUUCCUUCUUUAGCAGUAGAGACAUAAAAGACAUACACGUUUUCUCGUGUUCCAAAAUUUCAUCUUCGCUAUAAAAGUUAACUAUGCAGAGUUAGGUUGAUAAUUACUAGCCAUAAAAGUUAUGCCAAAGUAUUAGCUAUAACGUUCUGGGUCAGUGGUAAGCCUUUUAUAACAUUUGAUAACUUAAUUUCUAAUAAACUAAGAAUCCACCGAUUUUCUGGUGUUGUAAAAGGUUUUCCUGGAGCUCAAUUUCAGCUGGUAAACCAAAUUCCGAGUAGUGUAGAUGUUCUUGGUGUUUGUACGGGGACUCCUGUCAAUAUGGAUGGAAUUUUCUUGUGCUUAUUUAUGUUAUAUAUUUAUUUUGUAUAUAUUUUUGUAUAAUGCGAUUAUUUAUUUAAUAAAUUUUGUACAUACGCUCAUAUUCGAA